GGUAGUCUCAAGCGCGGCGUGUCGACAAGUAGUGGACUCGGGAACAGCCUCCUCUCCAAUGGCACAGGAAAUGGUCCCAGUGCCUCCAACACGCCCCCAGCCACCAGCGGAAGCAAUAACAACGGUGGUAACAACGAUGCCACCGGAUGCAGCAUCAACGGUAGCUCAUCGACAUCGCAAGGUCUACACUCGCAUCCGCCGCAAUCGCAGCAGCAGCAGCAGCAGCAACAACAACAACAGCAAAUCGGCAAUCGUUUGAUCGGACGGCUUCAACAACAACAACAACAACAACAGCAGCAGCAGCAACAACAAUCGCAUUCCGGCUCAAGCGUAAAUGGCUGCAGCCCGGGAUGCGGCAGCCCCUUGACGACGACAAACACGGCCGGCGGCAGUCCCGCCACCGCUUCGCCCACCGGCUCGGUGUCAAGUGGACUGGCCGGAUUGGCGGGUUCAGGCUUGCCGACGUCCGAGCUGAACCCGGCCGCUUCGCCGCCCAGUCCUGGAGCGUCGAGCCUGGGCGCCGCUUCGUCGACGCCCAACACUCCAACGGUCGGGUGCGGCGAGAAGGCCUCCGGCAACGCUUGCUUCCGAUGCCGACGGCCGCUUCUUCCGCCCGAGGGCAGCACCCUUUCCCCGACCACUGGCCUCGCCGGCCCGGCGUCGGCCAGCGCCAAUGUCAUCCAGUUGACCGGCGCCCUCGCCGUCCGUCUGCAUGUCGCCUGCUUCACUUGCUACCGGUGCUCGGCGCCUCUCCGGCUCGACGCCUACUACCACAGCCUCCGACGUCUGCUGUGUCCGGCAUGUGUUCGCGAUGGGGCUGUCGAGGCCUGCUCCAACUGCCGGAGGCCGAUUGGCGACCGUGUGGUGCGAGCCCUCGGCCUGCCCUACCAUCCGGGCUGCUUCGUCUGCACCGUCUGCGGACUCCGCCUCGACGCCCGACCCUUCACCGUUGAUGUCCACGGUCGGCCGCACUGUCUCGCCGAUUUCCAUCGUCGCUAUGCGCCUCGUUGCGCCCAGUGCGGCCGGCCGAUUGCCCCAGAGGCCGGAAGCCAGGAGGCUCGCAGAGUCGUGGCCGGCGAUGCCAACUACCAUCUGGAAUGCUUCAGCCUGCUCGGCACUGGGGCCGGCCAGCAAAUGUCGGCCGGUCAAGCCUCCAAUUUGGGCCUAGCAGCCGCGGGAGUGACCAGCUGA